GAAGCCCACCAUAAUAUUCUAGCGGAAUAAGUAGAUUGCGAAAUCCAUGUUCCAGAAAUGUUGCAUGUGAGCAGCCAUCAUAUCUAAUCUGAUCCUUCUCCAUUUACAGUUUCAUAUUAAAUGUCGUGUAUGUUCGAACAGACACCCAUAGUUCACUUCACGAGUCUCUUUUUUGUUUUUAUGCUUCCCCAUCAAUAAUUCAAGCUAGCUAUACACUCACAUAUACAUGUAUGUAGUUGCUCCUAGUUUGUUUGACGUACAUGAGCGUGUGUAUAUACUAGCAAUUGUUUGUGGGUUUAUAGCCAUAUUGACCAGGGCCUAAUAAUUAGUGCUCUCCAUUGAUGAAGGAGCCUCUGCAUCAUCUGCAAGGAAUUUAUGUCAUUCACAGGCUGCGCUUCUUGUAAACCCCACCAAGUCUCUGUCCCUCUUUUGUUACCCAUCAACAAGGAGAGAUCAAACAAUUAUUUGGUGAGGAAAAAAGGCAAGAAACAGGGUGGGGAUAAAAUGGGUGGUUUUGCAAGCAAGAGAAAGGGUGAUCAUGAUUAUUAUGAUGAUAGUCAUAACAAGUCUUGCAGUAGCGAGAUUAGGUCAAAGGAGAAGAUGAUAAUGUUGCAGGAGGAAAUUGACGAGAUGAUGUGGGAGAGAGAGGAGGAGAGGAGGGGUUACGAGAGGGAAGUGAUGGUGUUUGCGAUAAAAGAAGCAGAGUGGAAGAGGGAGAGGAAGAAGCUGAAAGAGGAGGUGAAGAGAUUGGGGAAGAUGGUGGAAGAGAAGGAAGAGAAAAUGAGAGCUGGGGUAUUAACUAAAGAUGGGUUAUUAAUCAAUAAUGGAGAUAGUCAGAAAUGGAGUACUGAAGAAAAAGAUUACUGGCCAGAAUUCAUAAUGGGGAGUAGUUUCUUGGUGGAGCAAAUGAGAGAGGAAAGAGCAAGGAGAGAUGAGGCCGUGGAGAAGUGGAAGCAGCUCUAUCUUGCCAUCAAAACUGAGCUUGAUGAUCUAAUUCAGAGAACAAAUGGAGACAGCUUGUACUGGAGAGCUGAAGAAGAAGAGAUAAUUGAAGAACUGAGGAAGGAAGUGAAGGCGAAAGAAGAAACCAUAGAAAUGCUAAAGGCUAGAAUAGUUACUAUGGAUCGUGAAGAAUUCAAGAAGGCAAGAGAGAUUGACAUCCUGAGACAGAGUCUGCGAAUCAUGAGCAACAACAAGAAGACUACAACAUCCCAUCCUUCAAAGAGUCUCCACCAGUAUUUUCUUUGAAACCCCAGCCGUCUAAUUAAAUAACAAUUUAAGUUUAUUAAGUAACUAUAUUAUACAUGCAUAUACAUUCUGUCAUUCAUCUUUUAAGGAAAAUGCUAAAUGCGGAAUCAUAUCUAAAUAAACCGUGAUUGCAUUAAAAUGUUCUUGAGAAAAAUUUAUUAAAGCAGAAAAAGAAAAUGGGUAAGGGUCUAACCCUUGUGGCUACUUCCUAAGACCGUUAUUAUUGAAAGAAGCCUCUUAGGUUUUGCUAGGGUUAACAAUGAGCCAAACAGAUCUGUAUUUUGGUUUGGUAAGAAUUUGUACGAGUUUGGUGAAAUUAGAACUGGAGCGCAAAUUCUACCAUGAAAAAAGGGUAUGUUUAGCUUAAAUCUGCGGAAUCCAGAUUAAAGAGAUUGGUUUUAGCAGCUAGUGGUUUCUUUGUUUAUCUAUUAAUAAACUAAACAUAUUCC